CGCAACCUUUCACCCUCGCUGCGUCACUCUGCGUCAUUUUGCCGGGAAUGUGGGAUCCACGUUUCCUCGUGCCGGCGCAGUGUGUGUCCACUGUGUGUAUGUGAGUGUGAGAGUGUGUGCGUGUCGUCGUCACUGUUCAUUCUGAAAGCAGCGGAACCGGGGCAGAGGAGUACACUAGCAAGAUGGCGGCGCGGUGGGGAGCAGGCGAGGAGAUCUUAACUGCGUGCAAUGUGGAGUUUUUCUCCAUGGACAUACUAGACGAGACUGCAGGGCUGAGCUCUGAAGAAACGAUGGAAGCCCUUCAAAGCUGCUUAGACCCCUCCAUCCUUUCCAUCUUUGAGGACACACCAACAAUAGAGACCAAAGGACUGGACGAGGAGAGUGAAGCCACGCUGCUAACUGCGCUGACGGAGAUCCUCGACAAUGUUGACGAUGAGAACCUGUCGCCGUUUGACACACUCCCUGACUCAGACCUGCUGUCAGGUCAGAAGGGCAGGGAACACUCUCCGCUCAGGAGGCUGCUGUGUCUGUCCCGUUCCCCUCCUGAAAAAGAUGCAUUUUGUAGCGCAAGACCCACAUCAACUGGAAAGAGCCUCCCCAGGAUACUGGCAGACUCUCUCCAGAGGAGUGAUGGCGAGGAAGAAGACGAUGGCUCCCUCAGUCUGAGCCCAUUGGGACAUGCUUCAUCUCCUGACAAUGACUUGUUAGACUGGGGAGGUGCUACCCUCCCACUUCCUGUAAUGUUUGAACAGGACGGGGAAGAUGGUGUUUCAGUUAGCCUUGCGGACUUGGUCAGACACAUGCACCCGUACUGUAUGGCCAUUUGUGUCGAGGAUGACGACGGGGAACAGAUGUUGCCCGAAGGAGGCAUCUUAUUCGAGGUUGUGGAUCAGGGGGAAAAUGGUGAACCCAUACUGGCCAUCCCAGACAUGGAGCUCCCGGUAUCUUUGCCACUUAUAGAGCAGUUUUCAGAAAAUGAGCAGAAACUUGCGGAAGAGGUGGACUCUGACAGUUCGGAGCAUAUAGUCGUUGAUGAUGAUGAUGAUGAAGAUAUAAUUGUCAGCGAGGCUCCAGUGAAAGUUGCAGCCGCUGCAACACCAGGCCUGUGUACAGAUGUUAAAGAUGUGACAAUCGUAGAGAGACAGAAGGAAGAGGUUAGAGAGAGAAGCUCUUCCAGGAGAAAAAAGAAGAAGAAAUCUAAGAAAGAAAGCCAACCAGAGCCUGUGGAAGUAAGAGUUCUCAGGAGUGGUACAUUGAGAAAAACGGCACAGGAGGUACCACGAAAGCCUGAGAAAAGAUCAGUCAAAGAGAAGAAAUGCAAAGUCUCAAAGGUUCCUGUUGCCUCGACUCCAGCUUCUUCUUCCUCUGUGAAACCUAAGAAACUAAACCCAUGCAAAACUGAAACAAAAACAUAUAUCACCACUACAACACUAUUGCCUAAACGUAGGGUGCUAGUUCCCUCAUAUGCAUCACCCAAACAGGCUCUGUUAAGGGAUGGCCCAGGAACGAGUCGGCCAAGCUGUUUACCCACAGCAGUGAGCUCCCAGCAGCCCGAUGGAUCCCCCGAACAGCUGGCCCCAGCCCCCGAGAAGCUGGAAGUCUCAUCAGCAGUUCCCUCUGCUGUCCCUGUCACUCUGUCCUCAGAGAGCCCAGCAGCUGCUCCUAGUCCCACAACACCUGAGAUGAUAGGACCUGUUUGUGAAGCCCUCCCUCUUGUGGCCACCGCAGUCCCAGAGCCGAAACCCAAAUCACUUAGCCUAGCGGAGUAUCGGCGGCUCCGACAGCAGAAGAAACCAGCGCCGAUGGAAAAGAGAGACGACAACAGCACCAAGUGGCCCAGCCUCCCAGAGCUUCCGAAAGAGCUUCCCCCAAUUCCCUGCCUGCCCGACCCCACCCCCAAGGAUCCUCGACGCCCCAACCCCCAAGCAGGCAAGAAGGAAGUGGAGGAGGUCAAACCUGCAUGGCAGCCACGGGGACCGGCUGCACCGCCCACCCCUGAGGCACUGCUGGUGCCACCAGCCUACAUGAUUGCUUCAUCCAGCAGAGUUUCCACUGCUACUCCAGUUCCUAAACCCAAACCUUCUCUACCCGAACAGCCCCCAGUUCCUUCAGUGAAGGAUUUACCCACACAUCAAAGUACUGUUGCUCAACCGGCAGCACCUCAAAGUUCUCGGUCUCCAGCAUCUUUAAAUCAGGCCAAUGGGCUCAUGUCAUCAGCAGAUGGAAAAUGUUCUCCUGCGCUUUCAUUAGGAAAUAGUGAAGUCGAUGAAAAGUCCCAAACUCAGCUUGAGUCUCGAAAGUCUGUUGAGCUCACUAAAACCACUACAGAGCCAAUCAAACCCACCACUGCCCCCAGUGUCCCCCAGAAAACCACUGUUGUUUUCCAAAAGUUGCCUGACGUAACCAAUGCCACCACAUUCAACCGCCCCAUCACAGCUGAUAUUAAAUCCUCCAGACCAACGGAGUGUGGCACCCAGCUCUGCUCUUCUCCAGCUGCACAUCCUUCAGACUCUCAGAGUCUAAAGGCAAAACCUGUUCUGCUUAUAACAAAAGAGAAGCCCACUACAGCAGUGAAGCCCCAAAAGGUGAAGAACCCAACACAGGAGCUGAUUGAGUCUUUCACCAGUGAGAUAGGAAUUGAAGCUGCUGAUCUGACAAGCUUACUGGAGCAGUUUGAGGAAACCCAAGCCAAAGAGGAGCAAUGUUUGCCGGAGGUCUCUGGUAGAGCAGCAGCUGUAGGAAACUCAAGUUUUAAGUUGGCUCCAGAGAAAAAGGUUGUGGAGCGAGUGAGAGCAAAUGACCUCUUAAGUACUGCAGCUCUUACUCCUCCAGCCACUCCUCCCCACCAGAUGUGGAAACCUCUGGCCCCUGUGGCCCUGCUGGGGAAGAGCAAAGCGGCUGAAGCCUGCAAGUCCAGCCCCUCCAAGAUUAUCCAGAUAGAGGCUCGGCCUCUGCCCUCAUUCAAGUCGCGCAGUAAACCCACUCCCGCUGCCGCCACUGUCGACCCCGACCUGGCGUGCAUGGACCACGACUAUUGCCUCCCCAACAAAGGCACUUCUGCUGGAGAGCCAGGCAGACGCUGGAAUGUCAAACCGCAAUCAUUCAUCACUAUUAAACCCAUCAUGCAACCCACUACAGUCAUCGCACAGACAACGCCAGCUGUCCUGGCACAUUCUGUCCCGUCUACUACGAACCCUGAGUUCACAACCAAAACUCAAGAUUUCCCACUGACGGAUGACCUGGAUCACAGCUCCGUUCUGGAAACUCCUGAUGCUUCUCCUGCUCGGCAGGAGACCGAUUCCUCUGUUAAAGAAGGAAGCCCCAGGGGAGGGCCAUUCGGCAGGACCUACCGUCGUCAUGCAGACUCUCGCACACCCAGCCCCACAUUUAGCCCCAAAGAAAGGACCGGAGGCCGGUCCAGAAAGAGAAGAUCCCGCCGUUCUCCCAGCCCUAUGUCCAGUGGUUCAGAGUCAGACUCUCAUUCCUCUAGAUCUCGGUCUAGAUCACGUAGUCCAGCUAAGAAAAGGUAUUGUCCCCGUAACUCUGAGAGCAGUUCCAGCUCCUCAUCCCGUUCAUCAUCACGGUCCUCUUGCUCUGCGUCCCGCUCCCCUCCCAGGAGGAGGAGGUAUUCGUAUUCCUCGUCUCAUUCUGGCUCAUGGAGUUGUUCCAGGUCGCGGUCUCGAUCCCCUCAGAGACAAGCACAGUGGAGUAGGAGCAAGCCAUGGUGCAGUCCCUCAUAUGCACCUAGCUAUGGUCACAGCGAAAUGGAGGAGCCGGUGAAGAGAUGCAAGGAAAAAGCCAUUGAGGAGCGACGGGUUGUUUACGUUGGACGAAUCCGUGGUACGAUGACCCAAAAAGAACUUAAAGAGCGCUUCUCUUACUUUGGCGAGAUCGAAGACUGCACCUUGCACUUUAGAGACCACGGGGACAAUUAUGGCUUUGUGACUUACUAUGAUACCAAGCAUGCUUUCACGGCCAUUGAAAAUGGGAGCAAGCUGCGCAAACCUGACGAGCUGCCAUUCGAUCUGUGUUUUGGCGGAAGGAGACAGUUCUGCAAAAGCAACUAUGCUGACUUGGAUUCGAGUAGAGAGUACGAUCCAUUGCCUGUGAAAGGCAAGUUUCAUGCACUAGACUUUGACACUUUACUGAAGCAGGCCAAGCAGAAUCAGAAGAGGUAGCAGGAGGCCUGCAGCAGGAAGCAGCUGACACUUACCUCAGAGCCAACAGCUGGCUCCUCACCUGCAACACUGUCUUUACAUUUUAGUUGUUGCUUUAGUUUCUAUUUUGUUUUGUUUUUGUUUCUGCAAGCUAACACCUUCUAUUGAAGUGAAGAUUUGUAAAGAAAAGUAGGAAAAGAAGUUCAAAAAAAUAACUACGUGAAAUCAAAUAAUUUUUUAAAAAUUUUAUUUAAAUGUAAAAUCAGAUUUGAAUUGUAUGGACAGAUGAUGGUUUUUAAAAAAGGGUGAAAAUAAGUGGAUGGAGCUACCUGGUUCCUGGGAAAGGAUGUAAUACAUUGACAUGUACUACAAACCUUAAUUAAAAAAUGAGAAAAUGAAA